AUGCCGGGCCUCAAACUAAACCUGGAACGAUUUAGGGACGCAGCCUUCGAUUUGCCUGAAGCGCCCGAAGACGCAGUUUGGCUGCAUGCAGCUGAGCGCCAGCCCGAAAACCGACUUCCGGCUGCCAACUUAAAUCACGGAAUGCUUUACGCGGUUCUGCGCCGCGGAAGCAUGGACAAUUAUGCGAAUGUGACGCUGCCCGAUUAUCUGGUUUUUGACGAGUCACAAAGUGAUCACGCUCGAUUCAACGACGCCACCAGGGAAAAUUUUACGUUGGGAAACAUCACGUUACCCGCCUGGGCGAAGUUUGAGGAUGGAGAGCGA